GGACAUGACUCUUUAUAAUCCGUGUUCCAAUCAAAUCCAACUCGACGUGAACUCUUUAGUCCAAAUAUUUUCCUUCUUGGAGAUAAAAGACAAGCAAAUUGCAGCUCAAGUUUGUGAGUACUGGAGGGACRUCGUUUAUACUCCAUCCUUUUGGAAGAACGUUCGUGUUGUUCUCCAUAAUAAUGUGAGAAGAUCAGUGAUAAGAAGUUUUUGCCAGCGUAGAAUCACCCGAUUUGUAUGCCGUGGUUCGACUGACGAGGAUYUAGCGUUGUUGUUUAAAACACACUGCAACAUCGCCAGCCUAGAGAUAAAUUCAUGUCGUAAUGUUACCCAAUGGUUUCUACAGAACAACUUAGGGAAACUGAACGAGCUAGUUUCCCUUCACAUUACUGAAUGCAGUCACCUUAAUUUAAUCUCUCUGUACUGUGAUAGAUCACUCGAUAAUGUGUUAGCACGUCUGAAAAGUCUUACAAUUUCAAGAUGCCGAAAUAGUGCAAAGUUACAAAAGGUCUUGGAGAAAUGCCCAAGUCUAGAAGAAAUUUUCUCCGACGGAUACUUGGCUUUGGAAUUAGUAGAUUGUCUAGAAGUCUUGCCCAAGUCAUGCCCAAAACUACAACAUUUGAAAUUGGGCUACGAGUGGUUUAACUAUGGAAUAUACAAAGAAAGAUUGCGAGCAGCCUUGCAAAUGCUGAAUAUUAAAGCCUUGGAUUUGGAGGUAUACUUGUACACUGAAGAAGUUAACGUAAGAGAGGUAGCUGACAUUUUCCACAAUCUUGAAUCUUUGACUCUUCGUGUUUUCGGACCUAGAACUAUUUCAGUAGACACACUUGAUUAUGUUUUCAAUAAAAAUCAGAACUUGAAACAUUUUUCCAUUGACAUGGAAUUUGAGCAGUUAAUUCAUUUCAGAGGUAAUGUUGAAAUAAAUGAAAAGAAACUAUGUCACGCAAUUUCUAAGAUGACAAAGUUGGAAUCUCUAAGUAUUUCACUCAAAGGCUAUAUACUUUCUGGCGAAAUGAUAUACAAUAUCAUUGAGGGAAUGCCAAAUUUAAAGCAACUUGAAAUAGGUGAAGUUGGUGAUAUAAGUAUUGAGUAUUCAGAUCUCAUCGGCGAUCAGUUACAAAAAUUACGGUCUCUCAAAAUUACAUCAAAACAAAACGAGGGAACUGGAAUUGGGACUCUUUGCAGUAAGCUACCAAACAUUAGAGAUUUAAAAGUCAAACAUGAUCGCCUUCUUAAUCGAGAUGUGAAGCAAAUGUCAACUAGCAUGACAUGCAGCAGCCUCAAGUCACUGAGCAUUGCUGGAAGUAAGAAAAUAAAAGAUGACGGCAUUCAGUGCAUUGCAAGUUCCUUCAAAUCUUUGAUCAGUUUGGAUGCUUCUUCAUGCAGUUUGAGUGAUUCUGUGGAUAAUCAAACAAAUGCCAUGUUUGUCAAAGCUGAUCUUUUAUUGCUGUUGUCCUGGUCAUCGUAUUUCUCAAGGACAUUUCAUGGAUUACCAUACAAAGUGCGAUAG